AUGACCAAACCAGGUGAUACUAAAGCAUGGUGUCAGGAUAAAACGCCAAACAAAAUCUCGGCCGAGGCUGAGUACUAUGAUCUGGGCAGCUUUCAUCGUCCCAUCUCAACAAGCAGUCCAGAUGCCCAGAAAUGGUUUAAUCGUGGCCUCAUCUGGGCCUAUGCUUUCAACCACCAGGAGUCUGUCCGGUGCUUUGAGCAGGCGAUAUUGGCAGAUGCAUCAUGUCUGAUGGCACACUGGGGUAUUGCUUUCGCCCUGGGUCCCAAUUACAAUAAGCCGUGGCAGCUCUUCGAUGGGGAGGAUCUUUCGCUCACCACGAGACGAGCCUACGGAGCCAUUGUAGAAGCUAGGAAGCAUGCAGAAACUUCAUCAUCUGUAGAGGGAGCCUUAUUGAAUGCAUUGCAGUAUCGAUAUCCUCAGGCAGAGCCUGCUGAAGACUGCACAAGUUGGAACAACCCAUACGCGAAGGCUAUGGUCUCUGUCUAUCAAGCCUUUCCAGAUGAUUUAGAUGUCAUUGCGCUCUACUGUGAUGCCCAAAUGAAUCUCACUCCUUGGAGCCUGUGGGACUUGCAAACAGGAGAGCCCACUGCCGGGGCACAGACUCUCGAGGUGAAGAAAGCGCUGGAUCGCGCGUUAACUCGCGAAGAUGCCCUCAGACACCCUGGUAUCCUGCAUCUGUACAUUCAUCUGAUGGAAAUGUCCCCGACGCCAGAGAAUGCUUUGCCAAUAGCAGAUCAUCUCCGUGGGCUUGUUCCUGAUGCAGGGCACUUGGAACAUAUGCCCACUCACCUAGAUAUUCUCUGUGGUGAUUAUCGCCGAGCGAUCGCAUCUAACACAUCUGCCAUCCGUGCAGAUGAAAAAUUCCUCGCUAAUCAAGAUUUGGGCCACUUUUAUAACCUGUAUCGGGCCCACGAUUACCAUUUUCGAAUUUAUGCCGCUAUGUUGGGUGGUCAGUCUAAGACCGCGUUAGACACCGCAAAGGAACUAGCGGAUUCCAUGACAGAAGAUCUUCUUCGAGUGGAAUCACCUCCCCUCGCCGAUUGGCUUGAGGGAUUUGUUGCGAUGCAAGUCCAUCCUUUUAUUCGGUUUGGUCGCUGGGAAGACAUAAUUGCUCUCCCAUUUCCCGCCGAUCGGAAUCUUUACUGUGUCACCACAGCCAUGCUUCACUAUGCCAAAGGCGUAGCGUUUGCAGCUACAAAUCGCGUUGAGGAAGCAAGAAAACAACAAGCGGAAUUUUUGGCUGCCACGAACUUAGUUCCUGACUCUCGGACGAUAUUCAACAAUACCUGCCAAAGCAUUCUUGUCGUGGCUGCACAAAUGUUGGAAGGAGAAAUUAAAUACCGGGUCGGAGAAUAUGAUGAAGCCUUCGCCCAUCUUCGGAAGACCGUUUAUCUAGAUGACAAUCUUCCUUACGAUGAGCCCUGGGGCUGGAUGCAGCCGACUCGGCAUGCUCUGGGUGCUUUGCUACUUGAGCAGGGCCGAGUCGAAGAAGCAGCUGAGGUUUAUGCUGCUGAUCUUGGCAUUGAAAAAUCCCUCCCCCGUGCCCUCACACAUCCGAAUAAUGUAUGGGCUCUCCAUGGGUAUCAUGAAUGUCUGCGUAAGCUAGGCAGAGUCGCUGAGGCACGAAUUCUGGAGCCUCAGUUGAGGCUUGCUUUGGCCAUGGCGGAUGUACCUAUUCAGUCAUCUUGCUUCUGUCGUUUGCGGAUUGUCAGCUGA